AUGGCGGAGCCUGCUCUUCUCCCGGCUACCCGGAUGGAGGGGUUGGUCCUGACGCCCCUGGCCUUCCCUUGUCCCCGGAUCCCACGAGCUCGCAUCACCAGGCAGCAGGGACGAUGGGCCCACCUGGGCUGCAGCCCAGACCCGUCCGCAGGCCCUACAAAUUCACAGUACCGUCCCCUGCGGCCACACCUUGCUGACUGCUCCCGCUCCCGGCUGUCCUGGGCAGAGAGCUUGUCCAUGGAUGGCUUCUGGAUGGAGGUGGAGCGGAUCCAGCAGAGGGAUGGAGUGAAGGAGGAGGACUACAGUGAGGGUGAAGGUCAGCUACCAGAAGGAGACGCUGAAUCCCAGUGGCUGCAGGACACAGGCCUGUCAGGCCUUGUUGGUGGCCUGGGCUUAGACGCUGAUCACCAGGGACUCCUGUCUACACUGACACAGACCCAGGUAGCCACCGUGUGCCGCCGGCUGGACAUCUAUACCCGCUCAGCCCAAAGACGACACAAGGCUCCUAUUCGAGAUGUCAGGGAUGUCUUCGGGGCCUUCACUUCGAGAGAAGUGUCUUCAGAGAAUGGGGACUCGGGAAUGAAAUGGAUUCAGAUCAGGUCUGAGGCUUCCGUAUCUCCUACAGGAACAGCAGAGCUUGAGGGACCGCAGGAGCCCACGGGGAAGGAGGAGGUUUUCAACAUGGACUCUGCCUACUCAGAGCAAGCCGCAGCUCUCCUGCACAGGACCAGGUCGUCCCUGGGAGGCACCUGUGCCUGGGGCAAGGGCUCCCUGCCGAGUUUCAGAAUCCCCAAAGGCAGACUGGGUGUGACCAGGAUAGGAGACUUGUCUUCCAGUGACAUGAAGAAGAUCCCUCCCUUGGCCCUGAUAGAGCUGACUGCACUCUGUGAUGUCCUGGGCCUGGAUCUGAAGAGGAGCAAGGCUGGGAAGUGGAAAGGCCCAGACACCGGCCUUUUCGGCGUGCCCCUUCACAGCCUGCUAGAAGCUGACCACAGAGUCCUCCCCAGCACCCGGGUCCCACUGCUCCUGCAGGCUCUCCUGUCCUGUUUGGAAAAGAGAGGGCUGGACACAGAAGGCAUCCUCAGAGUGCCUGGAUCCCAGGCCAGAGUCAAGGGGCUAGAACAAAAGCUGGAGAGAGACUUCUAUGCCGGCCUCAUUCGCUGGGACGAGGUUCAUCCCAAUGAUGCAUCCGACCUGCUCAAAAGGUUCCUCCGGAAGCUGCCAGCACCUCUGCUCACGGCUGAGUACCUCCCGGCCUUUGCAGCAGUGCCCAGCAUCCCUGACCUGAGGCAGCGCCUACAGGCUCUCCACCUGCUUAUCCUCCUCCUGCCAGAAGCUAACAGGAACACCUUGAAGGCACUCCUGGAAUUCCUCAGGAAGGUGGCCGCCCAGGAGCAGCACAACAAGAUGGGUCUGUGGAAUGUUUCCACAGUGAUGGCCCCCAAUCUCUUCCUGCCCCAAGGGCGGCCCCCUAAACUCCCCAAGGGUGAGAAGCAGCUGGCAGAGGGUGCAGCUGAGGUCGUGAGCAUGAUGGUGCACUAUCAGGAUCUGUUCUGGACGGUCGCCUCUUUCUUGGUAGCCCAAGUGCGAAAACUGAACGACAGUAAUGGCCGUCGUUCCCAGCUCUGUGAUAGGGGCCUCAAGACUUGGCUACGGAGGACACACCUGGACAGGGGCAAGGCGGGGGACGGACUCGAGGUGACUCCCAAAGUGGCAAAGAUCCAGGUGACCUUGCCUAGCAAGGAUAUCCUACAGGUUCCUCUGAAUCCCAGCACCAGAGUGACCCACGUCCUGAAGCUGUUCAUAGAGUCCCUCAGCCCUGGGUCACAGCGUGAAGAGGGCAGUGAGAACGGGGACAGCAUUCUCUCAAAUAACACGGAGCUGGCCAAAUUUCUCUUCUAUGAAGUUGGAGGGAACAUUGGUGAACAUCGCCUGGACCCAGAUGCCUACCUCUUAGAUCUCUACCGUGCCAACCCCCAUGGAGAGUGGGUCAUUAAACAGAGCCCCACUUAA